AUUGCUACCACAUUCUUUGAAAAUGGUUAAACUAUUUUCUCUUUCAAUAGCUAUCUCAAACUUAGAUAAUGCGCAAAACUAACGUAUCUUGUAAUCUCUUCGAGAACAAUGUCUAUUAACCCAUAAUAUUGAUCAAAAUAUUAGAUAUGUCUUAAAUUUGAUACCUGUUAAUAUAUAACACAACCUUAGAUAAUCUUAAAAACUAUAACUUUUAACUGUAACAGUAACUAAAAAACUUAAACUUUUAACACUUAUCCCAUCCACAAAAUUUAUUUUAACCAUGAAUGAUACAAACAUAUCAGAUGUAUUCAUAUUAGAAGGCGAUAUGAGAAUACCAAGUGUGCUGGAGGCCAUCAUGUAUAUCAUGUAUAUAACUGUAUCUGUGGCCGCAAUCGGUGGGAAUGGAAUGAUAUGCUACAUAGUAUUGGCAUACCAAAGAAUGAGAACAGUCACCAACUUUUUCAUUCUCAACUUAGCUGUAGGCGACAUCAUGAUGGCUUGUCUGUGUAUUCCAUUUGGAUUUGUGUCCAACUUACUUUUACAGUAUUGGCCUUUUGGUGCUGUUAUGUGUGUGCUGGUGUCAUACGCACAAGUGGUGUCAGUCUUCAUUAGUGCUUAUACCAUGAUUGCAAUCAGUAUAGACAGGUACAUAGCGAUUUUGUAUCCUUUAAGACCAAGACUUACAAAAUUGCAGGCCAAAGUCAUCAUAGUGAUUGUAUGGUUGGUUGCUCUACUUACUCCAUUACCAACAGCUGUUCUGUCCAGACUAGAAGUACAUCCAGCAUGGAGUGGUGAAGAAAAUGGUACGAUUCGGUAUGUCUGCAUGGAGUCUUGGAAGUCUAAAGAGCAAAGAUACUAUUAUAGUAUGACUCUCAUGGUACUGCAGUACUUUUUCCCUCUUUCAGUGCUACUUUAUACAUAUACAAGAAUAGCUAUAGUUGUUUGGGGUAACAAGCCACCAGGAGAAGCAGAAGACAUGAGGGAUCAGAGAUUGGCUGCGUCAAAAAGAAAAAUGGUGAAAAUGAUGAUUACAGUCGUCACAGUAUUCACUUUAUGUUGGCUGCCUCUGAACAUGCUAAUAGUGGUUGGAGACCAAGAUGAGAGAAUAUGGCAAUACAAGAACAUCGUAUACGUUUGGUUUGUUUGCCAUUGGUUAGCGAUGAGUCAUGCUUCUUAUAACCCCAUAAUAUAUUGCUGGAUGAAUUCGAAGUUUAGGGAAGGUUUUCUGCAAAUUAUUCGCUACUUCGCUUGCAAGCGCUUGCGAAAUCGAUGCUGCGAAGAGAGGAACUUGCACCGUUGCAAUACAUACUCUACGUAUACGAGUGUGAGGAAUUUGAGUGUACGGGGAACGUCUCCAAAAUUACAUCAUGAAAAUGGUCAUGGUAAUGGAAAGUGCAAAUUCGAUCGUAGUCCUACGCCUUCUACAAGAUUAAUGGUGCAACACGUGUGUAGGUAUGACACUUGUGUUUCCGAAGAGGAAAUAUUCAAAGAUACUGAAGUGUAAUGAUCAUGAUUACUCAUCAUAAAGUCAUUCGAAUAUGUUUGUGCUUAUGUGUCUAAGUGUUUUUAUGUUUAACAUGACUGUUUUGUGCAAUGUGUUUUGAAAUGUAAAGGCCUAUGAUAUUUGUGAUAAACGUGGCCCUGUACCGAUAACCGAAUAAAUGGUGCAAGGUAUAUUCAGCUGUUUUAAAAAGCAGCAAUUUUCAGAGACUUUGAAGUUCAAUAUUUAUUCUCACAGAUUAUUAUGAUUAUUAAUAGUCAUUAUUUUUUUAAGUUAUUAUUUAUUGGUUUA